CUAUAAUGAUUUCAAUGAAGCGUGGAAAAAGAUUCCAUUAAAAGCAAUCCGUGGACUUAGAUAUAUUAAGGUGUACAACAAGAUUCCUUAUACUGAAGAGUAUGAAUUACACCGAUACUAUUUGAUUGAAGACAUCAAAAUUCUUUAUGAUGAAUUUAUAGUCCUUGUCCUCCAAAAUAGAGAUAAUGAUUUUAUAGCAUCAUGGGAAUUGGAUAAACAUAUGAAAGGCAACACUUAUAUGAAAGAAAUCUGCAAGUAUUCAAAAGAGCAAAUGUCGGUUCAAUCUACUAUUUUCCGUAGUAAUAUGAUCAAAUUGGGAAAGAUCUUAGAUUCUCUGAUGGAAGAAAGAUCUGUUGGUGACAAUCGCCCAAAGUAUGAGUUGGAUAUUUUAUAUGAUUGUCUUGAUGUAAAAAACGCGUUUUCAACAACUGAUCAACUGCUUUUGAAUGAGAGAGAAUUUGAAAAUAUGAGAGCAUCUUUAGUCGCCAUGUAUCCAGAAAUCAAGAAGAAGCGUAGUGAGAAAGGAGCGAAAAGAGAUAAAAAAAUUCAUACAAAUCAGAAUGUAAUUAGCGAGAUUAUUGAAUAA